AUCCAGUUUUUGUAUGGACUAAGCGCUUGAGACAUUCCACGCCAAGGGAAACCGUCGAGAGCAUGCCGAGCAAAUGAGUGCGCAAGACUCUGGCACUGGCGCUCUCGACUCUGCCAGCCCGGGUUGGGGAUUUGUUUUCGCGGCCCCGCCGCGCACGCCCGAGAACCCAGGAGCUGCACCAGUGACACAACAUGUGCAGCACAACGGAACCACUUUGGGAAACCAUGAACACGGGGCCGAGGAGGGGCGGCGUCCGGUCGGUCCCAGGCAGCGCCGGCCCCGGCCCCGGCGCCCGGUCUGGCGGUCCUGGGCACCGCCGCAGCGGUGUCGCCGGCAGCUCCCCUGCCAGCAGCCAUCGUAACGGCGCCGCGGGCUCCAGCCGCAACCGCGUUCACGCACAAAGCGCAGCCUCACCCGCAGCGCCUGUCACUGCCACAACAGCUAUCGGCGGGCCAUCGCCUCCAGUUGCCUGGCCGCAGCUGACUGCACACGCCGGCGCCGCGGCGGCAGCUGGCGGCCUGCUUGACAGCUUCGCACAGGCGGCCGCGGCCUCCGCUGUGGCGCCCGGAUCUGGUGUGUGGGGCGCCGCGCCAGCGGGUGAGCUGCAAGCGUCAGGUGAGGCCCCAAGCUUCGGGCAGCCGAGCUUGCCGCCUGCACCGCUGCCGGCUGGCGAGCCGCAGCCACAGCUACAGCCGCCUGUGGAGGGAGAACAGCAGCAGCAGCAGCAGGAGCAGCAGGGCGACGGUCACUGUUACUUGGAUGACCUUGUGCAGCUGCUGCUGCAGCCGGACGAGGACGAGGCGGCGCAGCUGUUACUGCAGGCGGAGGCCGCGGGCGGUGGCGGCGACGGCAACGUCAUGGAGGGGGUGGUUGGCGGAGGCGGCGAAGGCGGCAGCACGGCUGCUGGCGGGGCCAAGCAGCCGCUUAACGACCUGCACGCGCUGGCGGCGGCGCUGGAGGCCGCGGAGGCAGCACUGGACGCACAAGACGUGGACCUGGGCCUACUGCUGCCCGCGGUGGAUCAAGCAGCGGAUGACGGCGGCGGCGGCGGCGGCGGUGCAGGCGGUGUGUGGGGUGCCGAGGCGGUGGACGAGGAGGAGCACCCUGCAAACCGGCAGCAGCGGCGGGCGAGGCUGGUGGCGAAGCGGAGGGCUGCUGCGGCUGGGCCGGCGGGGCGGGAGGAUGGGCCGACGCCAGCCGCCCCGACUGCCAUGGCAGGCGGCGCGGCAGAUGGCUGGCACGUUAUGCUGGCGGCGCCAUCGCCACACAACCCAGAGAACGUGGCGACACUGUUGGUGGCAGGCCUACUGGUGCGGCCCCAGACCGCCAAGCCGGCGCCGCUGCUGGCUCUGGCGAUGGAGGAGGAACACAAGCGGAAGCAGCAGCAGCAGCAGCCCCGGGAGGGAGGCGGUGCUGCUGCCGCCCCUGCCGAGGUCGCGGCAGCGUCGACGGGGCCCGCGGCUGCGGUGCUGCGGUGCUGGGAGGUGGGCGACGUGGAGGCGGCACUGGGCCUACACGGCCGCCGUGUGUACUGCCCGCCGGCGGUGCCUGGCGGACCCUUCAGCUGGCAGCCACUCACGGUUGCAGUGCAACGCUCCCCGGCGGGCGCCCCGGAGCCGAUGGCCGACCGCCGGCCGCAGGGGCCGCAGGGCCCCCGCGUGCGUGGCGCGGGUCCAUCAGUCCGCCGGGUGGUGGUGCGCGGCGUGCCCGACCACAUGGGUGCAGACGACCUGACGGCGCUGUUUGGCAGCGGGCUGCAGCUGCCGGGACACUGCGACACGCCGCUGGACCGGCGCUUCUUGCUGCUGUGCCCGGACCACGUAUCUUUCCAGGCGGUGCUGGGCUGGCACGGCUGCCGGCUGCCGGUCAAGGUGGUGGACGCGCUGCAGCAGAUCGUGCCGCACCACGUGGAGGGCUGGAGCCAGCUGUGCGUGGAGGAGGACGACGGCGUGCUCCUGCCGGCGCUGGUGACGCAGCUGCUGGCGGCGGCACGGCAGCAGGCCGCUGCCGGCGACGCCGCCGCCGUCACCACCCUGGCCGCCGCCACGCGGCCGCCCAACUACGCGCAGCAGCGCUUCCGGCCGCCGGGCCGCUUCCACCCCGCCGACUUGGACGUGAUGGACGAGGCCGAGGCGGAGGAGGAGGCGGAGGCCAUGGAGGCACUGCUGGCGGCCGAGGCAGCGGCACGGCAGGCGGCAGCGGCCGAAGCGGCGCUGCCAACCGCCGCAGUCGGUGCGUUGGCGCUGCCAAGCAGCAGUGGCAGAAACAGCAGGAGCAGUAGCGUCAGCGUGCCCGGAGGCGGUGCUGCAGCCGCGGGGGCAGCGAGGCCGGCCGCGUCGGCAGUGGUUGCAUCCAGUGCCGCGGCCGCCGACGCUCCCGGGCGGGUGGCGGGGCAGCGGCCGGUGGUGCCUGCUCCAAGGGUGCGGGCCAAGGGCACGGCCCAGGCGGGUGCUCGCGGAGCAGCGGCCGACUCUGACGACGCUGCGGCAGUCGCGGCGGCGGUGGCGGAGCGCGCGGAGAGCUCCCGCGGCGCAUCCUCCAGCGGGCUCGGUGCGCGGCCGGCGCCGCGGCCUCGCCGCGCCGGUACGGCCAGCCACUUCGCUUCCUCCGCCGCCGGCGGCUUCUGGGGCGCUGGGCCGGGCCCGAGCCCUGCGGCCUCGGCAUCUGGGCUGAACCCCUGCGCCUGCUGUCCCGUGCCCGGCAUGUUGCAGCCGCCGGCCGGCGGCGCCGCCGCCAGUGCCGGCGGCAGCUCCAGCACCUGGAGUGGCGCCGCCGCUAUGGAGCUGCUGAACAAGCUGCUGGCCCUGGGCAUAGACGCGGGACUGGACGAUGACCUGACUUCCGCGAUGGGUGGCGGCCUUAGCAGCAGCAGCGGAGGAGGCGGCGGCGGUGAUGGUGGUGGCGCGGGGAGAGGCGGAGGCCGCAGAGCUGCCGCGACCGGCGGCGGCAGCGGCGGGGGCGAGGAUGCUGACGAGGCGCCGUAUUUUCGGCGGAGCCGCAAGCGCAUGUCCACGCACUUUGACCGCCGGCCUGAGGACUACAGUGAUAAUGAUGAGGAGGAGGAUGGUGAGGAUCAGGGUGAUGACACGACGGCCAACUCGCCGGAUGGAGAGGAGGCGCAGGAGGAGGCGCAGGAGCAAGAGCAGGGGCAGCAGUGUGGGGGAGCGGGGCCCGUGGUUGCAGAUGGCGCGGCAAGGGGCGCUGGGCAGGGCGAUACGGCGAGCGGUGCUGAGGGCCGGGCGCAGGCGGGCACGGCGCCGGGCGCAGUGGCUGCAGGAGGCGGCAGCUCACACGCCUUGGUUGCGGUGGAUGGAGCCGAUGACUUGCACGCCCUGUUGUGAGCGGCGGCGUGUGGUAAUGUGGUUGGCAGUUGGCGAGUUGCUGGGCCCCUGCAGGUGUUGGGCUGUUGAGGAUGCGUGACCACAAAGACGAUCUUGAAUUAAUUUGCCAUGAACGUGCCCGUGGCCGUAACCUUGCUUCUUUCCAUGCCCCCUUUCGGAAAGCAGCCGGCGUGGGCAUGAUGGCAGCAGUGCAGCAGUGCAGCUACGCAGCUGUAACCUGGCCGGCGC